GGCCACACCUUUCUGUGAUUCUUCCUGUGGCCAGGGCCCGCUCAUCGGCUUUAAAUCAUCCGUUUCCCACAGAAACACAACACCGAUCCCGUAUAGUCGUGCAUACACACCGUUUAACAGCGUUCGCGUUGCGUCAAAUACCAAGAGAAGCGCAUUUAUUCCGCCUACAGAUAACGCCAUAAAUCUAGCUGUAGUUAUAGCGGUGCGCGAUUCGAAUGCUCGCUCGUGCGCGCGCGCUCUGUCUCUCUCCUUCUCUGCUCCUGACGUCAGCGAGAUUGUCUGAGAGCGUCGAGCCCAGCGCGUUCUCUCUCCAUACUGACCCUCCAUUGUGAGCACGCUAACGAUGCCAGCGCUCGCAGCAGUCGCCGCCGCCGCCCAGUAGAGACCUCCCAGCCCGAGGACCGAGCACCACGACCCCGUUACACAGACCGAGAGCGCGCGCCAGAGACUUAUGUUCCAGCCCAACGUUGUCUUUUGCGGGAUUUAAUGCUCUAGCUAGUCGCCGACAGGGAGAGAGAGUGUGUGUGUGAGAGAGAGGGAUAGGGACAGCCAUAGAGAGGAAUAAGGAAGAAACACCGAGGAUAUUUCUCACCCGGACCAUUUUGGAGAUAAAAAGAGCCAAGGUUCAUCUAGCCAUGGGAUGUACACUGAGCGCAGAGGAAAGAGCGGCUCUGGACAGGAGCAAAGCCAUCGAGAAAAACCUCAAAGAAGACGGAAUCACUGCUGCUAAAGAUGUGAAAUUGCUCCUGCUAGGGGCCGGGGAAUCUGGGAAAAGUACCAUCGUGAAACAGAUGAAGAUUAUCCAUGAGGACGGUUUCUCCGGUGAUGAUGUGAAGCAGUAUAAGCCAGUGGUCUACAGCAACACCAUCCAGUCUCUGGCUGCUAUCGUGCGUGCCAUGGACACACUGGGGCUGGAGUACGGAGACAAGGAGCGUAAAGCUGAUGCUAAGAUGGUCUGUGAUGUUGUGAGCCGUAUGGAGGAUACCGAGCCCUACUCUCCGGAGCUGCUGUCCGCCAUGAUCCGCCUGUGGUCUGAUUCAGGCAUCCAGGAGUGCUUCAGCCGUGCCCGCGAGUACCAGCUCAAUGACUCCGCCCAAUACUACUUAGACAGUUUAGACAGGAUCGGUGCUGCAGACUACCAGCCCACAGAGCAGGACAUUCUGCGAACUCGAGUGAAGACCACCGGGAUUGUAGAAACCCACUUCACCUUCAAGAACCUGCACUUCAGGCUGUUUGAUGUGGGAGGUCAGAGGUCGGAGAGGAAGAAAUGGAUCCACUGCUUUGAGGACGUGACCGCCAUUAUCUUCUGUGUGGCUCUGAGUGGAUACGACCAGGUGCUCCAUGAAGACGAGACCACGAACCGCAUGCAUGAGUCCAUGAAGCUGUUUGACAGCAUCUGCAACAACAAAUGGUUCACAAACACCUCCAUCAUUCUCUUUCUCAACAAGAAGGACAUAUUUGAGGAGAAAAUUAAGAAAUCUCCCUUAAGUAUCUGCUUCCCAGAGUACACAGGUUUGGACACGUUCACGGAAGCGGUGAACUACAUUCAGUCCCAGUACGAGAGUAAGAACAAGUCAGUUGACAAGGAGAUCUACUCGCACAUCACCUGUGCCACAGACACAGACAACAUUCAGUUUGUCUUCGACGCCGUCACUGAUGUCAUCAUCGCUAACAACCUGCGCUUCUGUGGUCUUUACUAACUCACAGUGAUGCCCAGCUCUUUUACAGCCCCACCAUACAGUGACGACUACUGUCGGAUAUGUGACAUUUUGUCUUUGUUUUAUACUUUUAAUUGUCUCCAUUGGUGUCCUUUUGAUGUCCUUUUAUAAGGUGAGAACUGACUCAAAUCUGGUAAUAGUUGUCACAGAGCUGAUCUUUAAUUCAUGUGCUAAAUUUUAACUGAAGUUCUGAACUCAGCUAUUGUUUCAGGUACAUUGUUACAAAUACAGGAAUGUGCUUUGAUGAAUGUCCUUCCUGGUGUGUAAGAGAGAGGUCAGGAGAUAUUUUGAGGAAAAUUGGUGCCAAACUUCCACUACUUGCUACGUUUAUCCUAUUGUAAAUGAGCUUGUAAAUUCAGACCUGUCCUCUCGUCCUUAUUGCAUGGUAUGCAGAUUAAUGAUACCAGAUUCAAUGAGGUUAUAUGGCAAUAUUUUAAAUUAUGUUAGUGAUUAUGAAGGUGGCACUAUAAGGAGUUUCUAUACACACACUUUUCAGAUUAAUGCAGUUUGGAUAUGAAUUCCACGAAUAUUCACAAGCUGGCUCAUAUUACAUGUGUUCUGAGUUGGCAUCUCAGAGUGUUGAUGAAACACUAGGCUUGACAUUUACUUGGCAUUUAGAAGAGAGUGCAAAUGUCCGAUGCCCUGAGCCAAACCACAAAAAUGUUAGCCCCUUAGCAUUCAAAAAAAAAAACACAACAGGACGUGUUACUCUUCAAAAUUGGAUUUUGGACCUUUUAAACCAGACUCCCAGGAUAUUUACAAAAUACACUGUAUGUCUUUUUAUCAGCCUUUUGUAUGGUGUUGAGAACAGAUAAAGAUGAUUUAUAACUACAUAUCACAAUAUCAUAUUCAUCAGACUGAAAUUAAAUAACACACUAUAAACAGUAUAUAUACAGUAAUAGUCGAAAGUGUUGUCCGGCCUAGGGAAACUGACAUCUUCAACCUUUAUUCAACUUAUUCAACAAAAAUUUGUUAUAGAUUUUGUAAGCAUAUUGUGUAGUAGUGCUUGGAGUCUUUUAUUUGUGAUGACACAAUGAAACAUGCCAAAUUGUGUGGACAUCAUUUUUUGGCAGGCUGUCAUACAAAGAAAUUAUGAACACAUUCAAAAUCAAGAGAGAGUUGUAGGCAAGGCAAGGCAAGUUUAUUUAUAUAGCACAUUUCAUACCCAAAAGUGCUUUACAUAAAAGGGAAUUAAGACAAUCGUAAAAUAAUCACAACAGAUGCACAAGAAAUAAAAAUAUCAUGCAUAAGACAUUUAAAUAACAAUAAAAACAGAGAAUAAAAUUAUUUGGUCAAUAUGCUUUUUCCUGAUAGCUUUUUUUCUAUGCUUUUUUUUUUUUUUUGCAUAGUAUAUAAAAUAUUUUCUUCACAUUUUGAUGGUUUGAUUGAACUUGUAGGGUCAUUAAAAACAAACCCCCAAACCAAUCCCCUCUGGACAUCACUUUUGGCCAUUAUUGCAUUUAUACACUAACAUAUAGUGCUGUGAAUCAAUUAAAAAAAUGAACUAAUGUCACAUUUUUCUGUAAUUAAUCGCAAUUUAUUAAUAGCAACUUUAAUAUUUGUAAAAUAUUUUUAUAUUGUAAUACACAUUUUCACAUUGAAUCUCCAAAUUAAUGUAGAAUGAUCAUAAAGAUUGUAUAUUUGUUUAUUGACAUCUUUUUACUGAGUGCCAUGAAUGAAGGCCAGUAUCACUGAUACCAGUACUGCUACUGAUGUCGCUAUUAAAUUGAUUUUUUUUCUUAAUUUCUGGAGAUGAAAUAAGUAAUGAUAGCCAUUCAAUAUUACAGUAUAAUUGAAAGCCAUAAUUUUUAGAUGUGCCUUUUAAAAUAUAUAUAUAUAUAUAUAUAUAUAUAUAUAUAUAUAUAUAUAUACUCAAAAAAAAAAAAUGAAUGCUUGAUGUAAGUCUCUUAUGCUUACCACUGCUGCAUUUAUUUGAUCAAAAGUAAAAGCAGUAAAAUUGUGAAAUAUUAGCACAGUUUGGAAAAAAAUAUUUUCUACUGUAAUACUACUUUUUUUUCAGGUUACUUUGAUGAAUAGAAAGUACAAAAGAACAGCAGUUAUUUAAAAAUUUGUGUAACAAUGUAAAAUUCUUUACUGUCACUUUUGAUCAAUUUAAUGCAUUCUUGCUGAAUAAUAGUAUUAAUUCCUUUCAUAAAAAAUCGUACUGACCACAAACUUUUGAACGGUAUACACACACAUACAAAUAACAGCAGAAUCACACACACCUGCAACAACUGGAGAAGUAUGCCUUAUAUCAGUAUGACUGAAGUGAUCAACUCACUGAGCUGUCUCACCACACAUUGCUGUUUUGUGUAAUUCAUUCUGCUUUAUUAUCUAUCUUGCUUGAUUAACUGCUCACAGUACGCAGUAAGGCUAGUCAUAUCAAGGGGCAAGACAGUUCUAACAAGAGCAACAAGCUGUGCUAUUAGUCAUUGCAGGAAUAUGACUAACAGGAACUGAAUGGACCGGAGCUAAAGAGACUGAUGAGCUGUUGCUUGCUCUAGAAUAGGCAGACACAUGCAUUGCAUUGAACUGAGGCCUUGACAAUUAGGCCUGCUUUGAGUCUCUGUGUAUGUGAAAAUACAAAUCUGUAAUUGACAAUAAUUCACAGUGCCAUGGAUGUUUGCUGCUAUGGAUGUAUGUGUACAGCACUUUUAAUCUUCAUCUCUCUAAACGAUCACUUUAGUCAGUGUGUGUGAAUAAUACAGCAACUUUCAGGGAGGAUGACAACUUAAAAUGGAUUUUUUUUUUUUUUUCAAAUGUCUGAGUUAUUAAAUGUAAACGAAAAGAUUUUUCUUGUGGAACAAAUUGGGUUUACACUUUAUUUUGAUGGUCCACUUUAGACAUUCUAAUAACUGUAAGUAACUUUGCAACAACUAUAAGUUCUGUCAUGGAACUCUAGAUGGCGCAGGCUAAUAGGUCCUUUAACUCAACCUGCUCGUAAUCACUUCGUUAUCUAUAGGGCACAGCUGAUUGGUUCCUGCUGUAUCAGUAGCCAAUGAGCUUGCAUGCUCAAUCUUCAAAAUACUUGGGUAGCAUUUGCCUUAGCAGUGCUGCGGUGCAGAGUAUUAGACAGUCUACUAAUGCUCUAAUGAAAGUUAGUUGACAUGUAUUUGCAAGUUACUUAUAGUUAGUCUAAGGUGGACCAUCGAAAUAAAGUGUAACCUAAAUUGAAAUUUGGCACCUGUAGUGCCAAUAAUGUUUUUUUUUUAAUACCGAGACUCCCUCAGCCUUUUGCUUUGACUGCCAUUGGGGUGUUCGAGCUUAAUAAUUUGCACCCUGACUUCAGAAAACAUCAUAUUAUGUGACCUUUAAACAUCAGUCAGUUAUUACCUACUGUUAAUCUAUAAGAAAUGCGACUGAAUCCAAUCAUUUACUUCAGACAGCCAAAAGGACAGUGAUUCCUUUCAUACAGAAAAGCCAAAACAGUAACCAAUUGUGCAUUUGGUUUAAUUAGACCUUAUAUGAGGGAUUCAUUGAUGUAAUGCAAAACAUGCUGAAUUGUGCCAACUCUAAGCAGUUAUGUGUACUAUUAAGGCCAGUGUCAGUACUAAGCACUUUUCAGCCAUUGUUCAAGUCCAUUAUUGGUCAGUUUACAUAUUAUUGGUCAGUGCAUAUUGUGACUUUCAUUCUAGACACCAAAAAAGGGCCUAAAGGGAAAACGCUUUUUAGUAAAGGCCUUUGACUUUAAUCCCAGAUUGAUCAGACAUACUCUUUGGAUUAGUAUUUUAAAGAAUGUCAGGUAACAGGACGGAUGGAUGGCUAAUGUACAUCAAUUGUCAGCUCAGACACAUGGGUAAUUAGGUCAGUGGCCAAGGUAAAGAAACUCAAGGGCAAUUGAGUCUGUCCGUUGCUGAGGGACAAAGGCCAAUUUGUUCCCUGGCCUUUAGCCGUAGUACAAAUAGCUAUGAGUGAUAUAUCCAGAAUCAUUUCAUCAGACUGGCAAAUGUAAUAAGUUCAAGCGGUACGUUAUGCUAAUGUAGCAAAAUUUACUUAAAAUGGUACUUAUGAAUGAAAUAGUGCAUAGUAGUAUUUAAUUCAUAUUUGUUUCUGAUUAAAUACAGCAGGACUCAGCAGACGGGAGCCAUAUUCUCCCAUCAAACAUCUUACUGUAAUCCUACCAUUCAUCACUUUUUGUUUGUUUGUUGUUGUCAGAUUGCUGUAAUUAUUGUUUGUAUGUGUGUCUCACUGCUGUGAUUAUUUAUUGAACAAUGGCUGUCUAUUUAUAUGACAUGAAUGAAUAAAGUAGUCAUGAAAUCCA